UAGAAUAACCUGCGGAAAGAAAAGUCGUUUAUCCGUUCAGAACGAAAUCAUUUCUUUUCCAGCUCACUUUUCCAAAAGUUCCCCCCCCUCUAAUACUGUCAUGCCUAAAGUACAUAUCAAUUGCCACGAGGCAUCGCCGAAAGGUUUCCAACCCAAUCUUUAUCUAUAACCUUGAUAUUGAUGGUCGACUUCCUGCAAGUAUGAUUCUACUUUGGUUUGAGUAUAAAAAGCCAGUGGGUCGUGCCUUAGCUUCAUUUUCCCACCGACCCUUCAGCCAAUGAUGACCUACCUGCCUAACGUCCUGAGAGUGCUAUUCACCGUCCACUUUGUGCUGAGUGUCUUCAAGUUCCACGUGGUCGAGGCUGUUUUGAAUAACAAAGGGACCAAUAUCUUGAACUCAAAGUACAGCAACAGCUACAAUGAUGCCGCCUAUCAAACUUGUCGGGAGAGUCCGGGUGGAGGUGUGAGCGAGGUCUGCACCGAGACCCUUUUGGACUUCACCGAUGAGGACGUCAGCAUCAACGACUUCCAGUUCCCCCGUGAUUACGAUUUGGAUGAGGCCGUCUACGCUAUCACGGAGGGUUCGGGUUAUUACCUACUCAAAGGCAUGUUUACUAAACGUGAUGUGGAAAUCGCACGAGAUCGAGUCCUGUUCUACGAAAAUCCAUAUGGCGGGGACGAAGAUUCAGAAUUCAAGAAAAAUGCAGAAAACCAUAACAAUUAUGAAGGAUUGCUAUGGGCUUUGCUAAACAAGGGAAGGAUUUUUGAGAAAUUUGCACAACAUCCCGUUAUCCUUGAGAUCGCCCGUAAAGUGCUUGGACCUAAUUGCCUUAUCUCCUCCUUGGCGGCCAAUACAGUUCUUCCAGGCAUGAUGGCGCAAACCCCUCAUCUGGAUUAUCCCUAUUACGACUACUUGUUUCCCAAUGAAACCAACUCUAUGAACACCAACAGCCUUUUGGCUGUUCAAUUUGUCACCCUCCUAACCAACUUUACAAAGGAAAAUGGUGGCACUGCCAUACGACCUUAUUCACAUCUCGUUCCCAACUAUCCAACGGAUGAACAAGAGUUCUUCAAGCAUGCGAUUCAAGUGGAGGCCGAAGCUGGGGACACUAUCGUGUUAGCCGGUCCCAUUCAACAUUGUGCCAUGGCCAAUAAAAGCAAGACCUUUCGCUCUGGUAUUCUCCAGCACAUGGUUCCCAUUUACAUCAGGCCAUUUGAGGAUAUUGUUGUCCGACCAGAAGUCGAAGAGCGAGCUAAUUCGGAUAUGCGCAAAAUCUUAGGUCUGGAUCAUCCGUACCCAACCAGGAAGGGAUAGAAGAUAUUUCCUUCAUCACAUCUUUUCGAUUCAUGUUUAUGCCCAUUCCUUUUUAAGUGAAUGCAUAAAGUUAUGAACUUGUGCGAAAUUUUUAUGUUUUGGACGACACAUCUGCAUUCGAUCAAUAAACAUUCUCAUGCAUACUA